CUCCAUUUGACACAAGAGAUCUACAACGUUUGUCAUUGUUGUGCUGGUGUGGACAUCAGACAGAUCUGAAGUUGUCUCAACAAGAAACUAUUCUGUUGGUUUAAAUCACUUGGCAUACACACAAGAAAAUAAUGAAAACAAAGGCGGAGCAGUGCAAAGAGGAAGGCAACAAGUGCAUGAAGGAGAACAAGCACACAGAGGCUGUCAUUCAUUACACAGAGGCCAUCAAGCAUGAACCAAACAGUGCUGUGUUGUACAGCAACAGGUCUCUGGCAUUCCUCAAAAUUGACCAGUUGUACUUUGCUCUGGAUGAUGCUGAAAAGGCCAUUAAAUUGGAACCUAGCUGGCCUAAGGGUUUCUUCAGAAAAGGGGAGGUUGAAUUCAAAGGAGGAAACUACACAAAGGCCUUAAUGUCUUAUAGGCAAGCCCAGCUUUUGGACCCAACAGAUGAGGGCAUCACUGCAGCUAUUACAAAAGCUACUAGAGAGUUUGCCAGAGACAAGAAAGAUGCUGCUCGUAAACCAGUUCUGUACAGCUGUAUUGGUUUGACUGUGGGGGUCUUAAUUGUGGCUGCAGAUUCAUUUCUCACAGUCAAACCAGCUAUUCCACAUGUCGUGCUACAAGUUCUCCUAGUGGCUGGAUGUGGAGGGAUUGGCUUUGUCGCUGCGAAAAUCUACAGAUAUUUAACUGUAAGUCAAAGAGAUGCAUUGCUUGAGGAACCGAUAGAUCUUUUGAAAGAGAUGGGUGAUGACGAUGGUACAAAAGAAUCCUCUCCCUCCUCGUCCACAUCCUCCCAUAAACAUCACAGUCAAGCUGCGGGUCGCCAGAGGAUGAAGAAAGGAAAAUCCUAGUGAUUGCUUUUGUAUUGGUUUCGUUCUUUUUUUUUUUCAGUGAUAUUUCCUUGUAACUUUGUUUUUUGAUGAAUGGGAAGUGUCAAGAGAGUAUGGAUGAACAUAUGUCUUUGCUACUGAUUUCUUGACUUUAAGUUGGUAACAAGAUAUAUUAUGCGUAUGUAGUGUGAUGGCUGAUGUGUGUCUGUAAGUUAUAUUUAUACUCAGAGAGUUUAUAUUAGGAUUUUUAACUCUAUAUUUGUUAAUGCUCAGCUGAGAUAUAUAUAUAUAUAUAUAUGUGUGACCUUUUUUUUAACGACAGUGGAAUAUGAUUAAUUCAUAUAAAUGGAAGUUGUUUGACCAAAUGGGUGACUGCUUAAGAAGAAAUACUUUUAUUACUUCCACGUGCGUCAGUUUAUGUG